UUAUACGAAUAUUUAAUACGCAAGUAUGUGGGACACAACUAAACAACCGCCACCUCAAAUGCAGCAACAGCAUCCACAGAUGCAGCCGCCGAUACAGGUGCAAGUAUACAAUAUACCCGCCUCAUCGGUACCCCAAUAUCCAGCUGUUCAACCGGUGCAACAAAAUGAGGGAUGGCUUAAACGCAACAACAAAAAUAAGCCGCAAUCAAAUUCAGUUGGAACAGCUUCCUUAAUCUUCAUAUCGGGCGGUAUGAAUAUGGCAUGGAAUCUUGGUCUUGGUUUUAAUUCCAUCAAUAACUCCUUUAUAGUAACAGAGCACAUGAUUUUAAGUUGGUUUAUUGGUGGCAUAAUUGGCGCUGUUGUUGGUGCAUUUGCCUGCAAUCACGUUUCAAAGAAAUUACUAAUGUGUUUUUCCUCAAUUCUUGUCACAAUCGUUGGUAUACUGCAGGUUUCCGAUCCAAAUUCAUAUGAGGCCAUUAUAGCUUCACGUUAUUUAAAUGGCAUAGCGGUGGGCCUAGUAUUUCCUAUGACAUUUGUUUUGGUUGGUGAAGAGGUUGUCAAGCAGAUGCGCGGUAUGAAUGCUGGUUCCGUUGAUACAAUGAGCUUUAGUUGUGGCAUAUUUAUACAGAUUAUUUAUUCGGUUACAUGGUCCACUGGUGUUGAUGACUAUUUUCAGUCCAUUCAAAUGAGUGGAGUCCUUAAUAUAAUCUAUGGUAUUAUAGCUUUUAUUAUGGGAGCUAUGCUAAUAAUAGAAUCGCCUGUAUUGCAUUUGGCGCAUGGAGAAGAACAGUUGGCCAUUGAUUCGUUGAGACGUCUGCAGAGACCAUUUACCAUUACCUAUGAAACUUAUGAACAAUUGGAGGAACAUAAACGUUAUCUGGCCGAGAAUAAUGAAAGAAGUUUUAUGCAAAAUGCUGCCUAUGGAAUUCCAGCAUUGCUGAAACUAUGCUUUUAUCGCUCCUUUUCGGCACUUGGAUUUUCAUAUUUCGUAAAUUUCGCCUUUACAUAUUCAGCUCUGGUUACUACACGCUUGCAGAUAUAUCCAUUUAUUUUGUACGCCUUUGCCAGGUGGUUGGGUCCAUUAAUUGUAUCCUUUACCUUAGACUCCAGAGGCCGUAAAUCGCCCAUGAUUGUAGGCUUUUUUGUUUGCACCAUUUUGGCUUUCACAGUUGGUGGUAUUUUUGACAAUAAACUAAACUUCAUUGAUUUUGAUUACAUGAAUGCCGUCAAAUAUAUGUUGAUCAUCUAUCAAUUGUUCGCCUCCAUGUCAAUGGCAUCUUCAUCGGCUUACUUGAGUGAGGCUUUUCCCUUGGCAGUCAAACCCUACUAUGUGGCCAUAGUUUUCAUCGUGGAAAUGUUGGUGCACAUUAUUAUUAUUUCCUGCAAGGAUUCAUUAAUUAACAUUAUGUUGCAUGUGUCUGAUUAUUUCUUAACAUUGGGCGCUCUAUCCUUGGUGUACUUAGGCGUGGCCGUUUAUGUAAUGCCAGAAACUAAAUGGUGCUCGUUGCGCGAAUGUCUGCCAAAAUUAAGAAAUUUAAAUAAUUUUCGCAACUAAUUAUAAGUAAAAGUGUAUAAAAUGUUAUAAUAAAUGCUUUAGCUAAAAGCUGUGUAAAUAUGUUUAAGUAAUUAUUUUUAUGAAUUUCAUAAAUUUUAGUAUGUAUUUAUAGACAUUAGGUAUGUUCAGCAAUAAAAUAAAAUCUGUUAUGAAUUAUUAGA